AUGGCAGGGAGAAACAAUGUCACAGAAUUUGUCCUCCUGGGCUUUACUCAGGAUCCUGAUGUGCAAAAAGUAUUAUUCAUCCUGUUGUUACUCAGCUACAUUGUGACCAUGGUAGGCAACCUGCUCAUUGUGGCUACCAUUAUUGCCAGCCCUUCCUUAGGUUCCCCAAUGUACUUCUUCCUUGCUUAUCUAUCAUUCAUGGAUGCUUUUUAUUCCACAGCCAUCUCACCCAAAAUAAUUUCAGACUUCCUCUGUGAGAUAAAGACAAUUUCCUUCCAAGCUUGCAUGAUCCAGCUGUUCAUUGCACACUUAUUUGGGGGUGCUGAGGUGUUCCUUUUGGUGAUGAUGGCCUAUGAUCGCUGGGUAGCCAUCUGUAAGCCACUGCAUUAUUUGACCAUCAUGAAUCGACGAGUUUGCAUCCUCCUAUUGCUGGUGACCUGGGCUGGAGGUUUUGGACACUCGAUUGUUCAAGUUGUCAUUGUGUAUAAUCUCCCUUUCUGUGGUCCUAAUAUCAUUGAUCACUUUGCCUGUGACAUGUUCCCACUGUUGGAACUUGCGUGCACCGACACCUAUGUUGUAGGCCUCACUGUGGUUGCUAAUGGUGGCGCCAUCUGUACGGUGGUCUUCAUUCUCCUCCUCAUCUCCUAUGGCGUCAUCCUGAACAAUCUUAAGACUCACAGUCAGGAGGGGAGGCGCAAAGCCCUGUCCACCUGCAGCUCCCACAUCACGGUGGUUGUCCUGUUUUUCCUUCCCUGUAUUUUUAUGUAUGUUCGACCUGUUUCCAACUUGCCCAUUGAUAAAUAUGUGACUGUUUCCUACACCAUUGUCACCCCCAUGCUGAAUCCUUUGAUCUAUACCUUGAGAAAUUCAGAGAUGAAAAAUUCCAUGGGAAAACUUUGGAGUAAAGUAUCAACAGGAGUUAGAGAACCAGGCUGA